AUGACACAGAACGACGGCGGCGACAUCGAGGCGCUCCUUCGAGAGUUCCCGUCCCUGGCGCGCCUCGAGGACGGCAGAGUCCGUUGCGCCCUGACGGGUCACGUGAUGGCGCCCAGGGUCGAGGCGGUGCAGCCCUACGUCAGGGGCAAGAAGUACGCAGCCGCCCUUGCAAAGGAUAAGCACAUGGAGUCCCUGAAAGAGUUCGAGCCCCACAUCGUGCGGUCCAAGUAUCAUCCCGACAAACUCUUCUGCCGCAUCACGGGGAGGCUCGUGCAGGCGAAGGAGAGCGCUGUGGUGCAGCACAGCACGGGCAAGAGGUUCGAGCGAGGCAUCGAGCUGCUGACCAGCGGCGAGGGAAAGCUGCUCGACGAGAGACCGCCGGAGGAACUACUCGCAGAGCGGGAGCGAUCCGAAGAGGCUCGAAAGGUAGCGUCGGAGGCGAAGAGGCGAGCAGCCGCGGAGGCAGCCGCGGCGCGAAAGCGAGAGGCGAAGGUUCCUGACGAGGACGACGAGUCCGAGGAGAAGAUCGAUCCGAAGGUGGCCGCGGAGCGCGAGCGCAUACGCAUCAACGGGGGAUUCUCGAAGGAGAUGGGGUGCUGGGUACCCCCCGCGCACGUGCUCGAGUCCGAGUCCGAGUCCGACGAGAGUGAGUCCGAGAGCGGAUCCGGGUCCGACGCCGAGUUUGACGAGUUCCCGGAGGGCUCCGACUCGGAGGACGACGUACUCAAUCCGGAGGUGAGGAUGCCAAACUUGGCCAAGAUCAUGAACCGCGUCAAGAACUCGGGAAAGAAGAGCCGCGACGCGCCGGUCGCGGUGGCUGAGGGAAAGCAGAGGGGAAAGGUCACCGCCGGUGGGGGCGACGCCUUCGACUGGACACAAUCCUCCGGGGAUGCGCGCGCUGGAGUGGGAGGGAAGAAGGUGACGCACAAGGCGGCGACUUCGGCGGGCGUCAAGAGGUCGGCGGAAGGGGGCGUUAAACGAGGGAAGAAGGCGAGCUCCAAGCCCGCCGUCCGCCGAAGAACCUAG